AUGCAUACAGCUGCGCUGCCAACCAAGCUGCUGAUCCUCAUGAUGGUCGUGGAUCAGAACAAGAUUGCUAUCAUUGGCGAAGAAGGUAAUCGACUUGGUCAGGAUUACGACGAUAACUCUGGCAUCGCUUUUCUCUUCAGAGCUAUAGCCAACGUGAACCAUCCCUCCGCAGCCCGGGUAUACUACGAAGACAACGGUGAGUAUCGGGACAGCAUCAAUCCGGGUACUUCCUUUCGGCGUCGAUCUUUGGAAGAAGAAGGCAUGCUGGCGAAUGCAACAUUGCUGAGUGCCGAGAACCUCGACCAGGCCGACUUGGAGAGCAUGGGAUUCGUCUCAAUUGAUUUCGUACCGAAUGAUUCUGGCAGCCUGACCAUCAAAUUGCCCAACGGAAAACAACUUGCUGCCGAUGAUCAAGAAGCUUAUACUGAUGCCAUAAAGUCGGGCAUGACAAAUACCACAUUCACAGCUUAUGACUACAAUAGCUUUGCUUCGAAUUCGACCUCGGCACACGCCCCGUUACUCGAGUCCGAAUCAAGCGACAAUCAAGUCCCGCGCAUCAAUGUCAACGGUGCAGAAGGUUUUAACCUCACUUAUAAACCCAUUGAGGAUUCGAUCGACAUAUUGGCAAUUGGCACAGAGUACAUCCGCGGUUCGGUGUAUUCGUCGAACAGCACGCAAAAUGCGACAGACGCCAAGAAUGCAACAGACAGCAAGGGCACGAGUAGUGCUAAGCGCAUCACCCAUCGCGGAGCUCAUCAGCACUUCUCACAUAAACGACAAGCCGCCCCGGUCGAAGGACCUAUUCAAUGUGGACCAGGUCAGCCUUGCCUUGACGGAUCAUGCUGCAAUUCUGAUGGAAAGUGUGGUUUUAAGGAGCAUAAUUGCGGCGCGAAGUGUAUAUCCAACUGCGAUGCAAAAGCCAUGUGCGGAAUUGAUUCGGCGGAUGAUCCAGAGCCUCAAUUCAUGAAGACGUCUUGCCAACAAGGGUUCGGUGGCUGCACCAUUGUACCCUCACCUGUCUGCGGGAAGGGAUCUGGAACGGCCUCGAAGGGCCGCCGCGUUGGAUACUACCAAGGCUGGAACUCACGAGAACGCGCAUGCGACAAGGUCCCACCCCGACUCAUCAACACCCGUGGACUUACUCACCUGUUCUAUUCGUUCGCUUUCUUCGAUCCGACAACUUUUGAGAUGACGCCGAUGAACGCGGCAGAUGUUCCUCUGUACGGCGAAUUCACGGCAUUGAAACGGAAUGGACUCCAGACAUGGAUAGCCGUGGGCGGUUUAUCUGUGAUGAUGGUGAUUCGAACAAAGAUAACUGACGAGAGACAGUGGUCCUUCAACGACGAGGGUCCCACGUACAACGCCUAUUCCAACAUGGUAUCCAUGCGAGCUAACAGGGCUGCGUUCAUCUCAUCUCUUAUCAGGUUCAUGGACACUUAUGGCUUCCAAGGGGCUGAUAUUGAUUGGGAAUAUCCAGCAGAGCCAAAGCGCGGCGGCCGAAAGGAAGAUACUGACAACCUUGUUCUACUUAUGAAAGAGAUGCACGAGGCCUUUGCUGGACGAUAUGGCAGUAGUCUUACGAUUGCCCCAGACUAUUGGUACUUGAGAGGUUUCAAGCCGGCAGCUAUGCAAGACUAUGUCGACUUCAUGGGGUUCAUGAGGUACUAUGCCCGCACCCGUUUCGACUGA